AUGUACGGUUCUGAUACUAAUGUAAGUAAAAUGAAAGAUAAACAUGUAAUUUUAUCUGAAUGGGUUAACCCUAGAAAGAAACGUGUAUAUGAAUCGGAGGGCGAAUUAUCCACCGGACAGAUAUCCGCGGUACAAAAACCGGCCUGUUGCACGGAGAACAUGCUAAGCUCACUAAAAGAAACGAUGGAUUCAUUACGUGAGGAAAUGAAGAUCAUGAUGCAUACUCUUAAAGAAAUGAAAGACCAACAGGAAACACGUUUUGGGAAUUUUGAAAAAAGAUAUGUCAGAUAUAAAAAUUACAAUAUGCCAGUUGCAGAAAACUAA